AUGCUGCUUAUAUUUUGUGUUUUCUUGUUGGCUGGAUCCCUUGUGGAAGGUUUGCCUUUGAAGAGAGAACUAUACAAAAGGAUCAGAUGUAGACCUGAUGACAAUUCAGUUGCCUGUUUCCAAGAACAGUCCCUUUUUGAACAAGGCCAGAUCAACAAUAAAAUUGAUACUAAUCCAGUAAUGAGAAAAGUCCCAUCCUUCAUACUACCAAACUUCAUCUCUGGAGAAGAUAGUGGAUCAGGGAAUGGUGUCUUUUCUGGAGAAGAACCUGGAUCUGCCAGAAUCUGAAUCUGAAUCAAAUGAAAUUGGGGAACAAACAUUCCAAAACAAUUUGUCUGAGGAAAACCUGGUUUUCUGA